UUUCAUUUUCCUUUGGAUUGUAUUGUUUUUUUGUUAUUUGUAACUGCUUGUCACACCAUCUUUAAAUCACCACCUUUGAUCACCAAAGAAUCUCCGUUUAUCCCUUUAUUUUUGAUCAUCUUCAUACAAAUUGAGAACUAAUUGGGACCCUAAAGGAAGCAAAGUCAAUUAAAAGAAAUUUUUAGUUUUUUAAAACACAACCGACUCUCAAAUCAGUUCUCAACACAAUUCCAUCAGCACUUAACAAACCCGAUCUAUUGCCUUCCGUAAGCUUGUCGUGGAGCAAAUAAAGAAUCUUAAACGUGUCUUGUCUGUGUUGACUCACCUUAAAAAAUUUUCCAUGGAUUCAGCAUCAAUUGAUUCAAAUAGUAACACCAUCGAUGAAGCUUGUAACGUUAAAUCUGAAUCAACCAGUGGUUCAUUUGAAGAACGAGUUAAAGUAGAUAAGAAAAAGUUUGAACAGAUUAUAAACGGCGAGAACAAAGAACUUGGAACUGCAGAAGAGUUCUUCAAUGAAAUCAUGGCUGAAACCAUUAUCACAUGGCCAAUGAAAUUGAAGCCAGGAACUAAAUCUAAGAAGGAUCCACAUAUCCGUAUUACUGGUGCACAAGAAGAUAUAUUGUCUGCCAAGGAUAAAAUUGUUGAUCACUGGGAUAGUCGCAAAAAUCGUGUUACCCUUAAAAUGGAUGUUGCUUAUACCGAUCAUUCUCACAUUAUUGGUAAAGGUGGUCGAUCCAUUCAAAAAGUAAUGAAUGAAACUGGUCAUUUUCCUGACUCUAAUCGGACCAACACCAUUGACAAAAGUAAUUAGGUUAGCAUUGCUGGUACUGCACUGGGUGCAGUGCAAGCUGGAUGUCGAAUCCGGGAACUCUUACCGCUGAGCGUACAUUUUGAGCUUCCCAUCGCUGGUUACAAUAAAAUGGAAAUGUUUGGCCACACUUCACCAGCCAUUCAAACAAUUCAACAAACUUACGGUAUCUCUAUCAACAUUCGAAUCAUUGGAAAAAGCAAUGUUUUUGGAAAUUUUGGUUCUUCUUGUGCCAGUUAUGCAUCCAUUUCAGUUCGAGGUACCCGUGCUUAAUGGUUAGCCAUGAAACAAGGUAUUGCGGUUUCGAUUGAAUAUCUUUGUGGCCAUCCUAUGACCAACAACUCUCCAACAAUACUUUUCACCUUGGUGAUCGACAUCGCUUUUCAACAUCACUCUUUUGUUAUGGGUCGAGGAAAUGUCAACAUUCGGUCUAUCAUACAAUCUACGGGUGUUGUUAUUAAUUUCCCUGAUCCAGUAGCUGUUGAAAAUACAACGAUGACAACUCUUCAUGAUUCCUUAACAGAUAGAAAAUCAACUGUUAUGAUUAAAGGACCCUGCUUUGAUUCUGUUGUCCUUGCCUGGCAAGAACUUUUGGGCUACCUUCCACUAGUUCUUAUUAUUAUAUUUUUGACUUUAAAGAAGGCCAACAGACGGUUGCAGCUUUGAUAACCCAAUUGAUGAAGGAUUACGAAGUUACCAUACUAAUUAAACAGAAAGUUAAACAAAAAUCUGGUAGAUGCAUGACUGUUCGGGGAGCAGAACGUGAUUCACGUAUGCUUUUUGAAGUUAGAAGGCAAAUAUUGGAAUUAGAUGAGAGUGAAGUUCCUAAUAAUUGUUGUGAUAAACAUACCAUUAUGAUGAUGGUCAAACUUUUUUCUUCAUUUUUACCUCAUUGCACCCUUAAUCCAACAAGUGUGAUGACAAUGAAGGGUGGAUUUAGAUCGGCUCUUAAUCCCUCUGGUCGUUACCUAAUAACGGUGGACUUGGUGGACAAGUUAACGGGCUUCUUAACUGGCCAUCUAAUGAUUACUCAAGUGUUGACAAUUUUCCAAGUUUUGCCGCUGGCGCUGCUGCUACUGGCGCUUCAACUAAUGUUCCUUCACAGUUAGGACCUAAUGGAUUUUUUCAAGCCAUGCUAGCUACUCAAUUGACCAAUUUUGCUGCUGCAGCAGCAGCCAAUCAACAACAGCAACAGCAAAUCUCUGCUCAACCAAAUACUCCAUCUUUUAACAUUGAUAUGUUGAAAAA